GAAUGACGUAAUCAGCGUAAAACAAGAUGGCGACGACUUAACCGUACAUCGGCGUGAACUGGUUUAUCGACGUCGUCGUCUGCCUCCCUUGAGGCGUCCGCCUUGUCUCACGGUCGUUGCGAACAAGAGUUGUCCUCUCGGUUAGUUGCAGGUGUUGUGGGCGUCGCUGAACGCCACAGAACAGCCCACCGGUCUUGUGUAUUCUCCCCCCCUCCCGCGUCCCUGCGGUGACAGCCGGGGAGCCGAGGGGCGAAAGGACACGAUGGACACCGGAGAGUACAUCUCCACCAUGGACAACAUGGACCCGACUUUAGCCGAACUCGGAGACGAAUUCACUCUGGGGGACAUCGACGAGAUGCUGCAGUUUGUCAGCAACCAGGCGGAGGACUUCCCGGACUUUGAGGACCAGAUGGCCAUGGCGAGCUCCGCGCAGAGCGCUGCCGCCGCCGCCGCCACCCCAGCGCCGCGCCCUGCCGUCCAGACACCUCCAACUCCUCCGACCCCCAAAACGCCAGCCGCCGCUGUCUACCAGAGCUCCACGGUCAGCCUGGUCAGCCCCCGCACGCUGUCUCCCCAGUCGAUGCCCCUCACCCCUCCCCUCACCCCCGGACAGGCUCCCUCGCCCUCGGCCGCCCCCGCGGUGCAGCAGCAGGUGACCCGCAGCCCCCCGCUCCUCCAGCCGCGGCCUCAGCUGGUCCAGCCCAUCCAGCCCCAGCCCCAACACACAACCCAGCCCGCCAUCCAGUUGCACGCCCAGGGGAUCGCCAUGCAGACCCAGAGCUUCCCGGUCCACACCCUGGUUCAGACCCACUGCCAGACGGGGAUGCCCAUCCAGACCCAAGCGGCCCAAACGGUGAUGAUUGCCUCCAACGGCGGGCAGUCCCGUUUCAUCCAGAGCCCGGUCAUCUGCCACCAGAGCCCAGGCUCUAGUUUCCAAGUCCUCCAACCACAGAUGCAGAGCAUUAUGACGUCACCGCAGCUGCAGCCGAUGACCAUUCAGCACCAGCGUGUUCUCACCCCAACCGGUCAGACCAUCCAGACGCUGUCCUCGCCCGCCACAGUCCACACUAUGCAGCAGCAGAUGCAGCAGGUUCCUGUUCUCGUCCAGCAGCCUCAGAUCCUGAAGACUGAUUCACUGGUUCUCACAACCCUGAAACCAGACGGCACGCAGGUGCUGUCUACCAUGCAGAGCCCUGCAGGCAUCGCCAACUUCACCACGCCCAUCCAGAACACAGCUCUGCAAGUUCCGACUUUGAUGAGCAGCAACAUCCUCACCACCGUCCCCAUGAUGAUGGGAGGAGGAGACAAGAUGCCGAUCAAGCAGCUGCAGCCAGGCACCGCUCACGGCGCACACAUGGUCAGAUCGAACGUGGAUCAAGGCCAGAUGGUGGGAGGAGUAAUAGGCCCGGGAGGGGUGGUGAAGGAAGGCGAGAGGAGGACGACGCACAACAUCAUCGAGAAGAGGUAUCGCUCCUCCAUCAACGACAAGAUCGUGGAGCUCAGAGACCUGGUCAUGGGCAAUGACGCGAAGAUACACAAGUCAGGAGUGCUGAAGAAGGCUAUUGACUACAUCAAAUACCUGCAGCAGGUUAACCACAAACUACGGCAGGAGAACCUGGCCCUGAAGAUGGGCAACCAGAAGAACAAGACAGUGAUUCUGUCUGAGGACAUGGAGCUCAAAGAGGAAAUAGUGAUGAUGUCUCCUCCGGCCUCGGACUCUGGUUCCCCUCCGCAGUUCUCCCCUUACUCUGUUGACUCAGAGCCCGGCAGCCCCUUGCUGGAUCACGAGCAGAUGAAGAUAGAGCCAGACUCUCCCCCCUCGGUUGGAGUGAUGGAUCGCUCUCGACUGCUCCUCUGCGCCCUGACCUUCUUCUGCCUGUCCCUGAACCCGCUGCCCUCUUUGUUGGGCUCUGACGCCUCGGGGAGCCCCAGCCUGUCCGGGGGCCACGGGCCGUCUAGAACGCUCGUCUGGUUCCCGACUCACACACAGGACUUCGCUUCCUGGCUGCGGUGCCUGUUGCCGUGGGUGAUGGUGUGGGUGCUGAGCGGCGUGGGAGCCGUGUGGGGUUGUGUCAGGGUGCUCUACCUGUGGGAGCCCGUCACACCCCUUCACUCCCCGAAAUCUGUGUCCUUCUGGAGGCAUCGGAGACAAGCAGACCUGCAUCUCAACAGGGGGGACUAUACAGCGGCGAUGGGCAGUUUAGAGACCUGCCUGUCCGUCUUGACCCGAGCGCUUCCCUCGACCACCCUGGACCUGGUCUGCUCGCUCUCCUGGAACCUCAUUCGCUACGCCUUGCAUCGGCCGACCCCUCUGGGUUGGCUGGUGCAUCAGGUCGGCGGGAAGCACGAGGGGGAAGAGUCAAAGACCAGCGCCAAGGACGCAGCGCUGGUUUACCACCGGCUGAGCCAGCUGCAGCUCACGGGAAAGCUGCCUCAGCGUAACAGCCUCUGGGCUUUAUCCGUGUCUCUCAGCGCGGUCAACCUUAGCCAGAGCGCCCAGGGCAAGAUGGCCCCCGCCCAGCUCACCCAGAUCUACGUCACUGCAGCAACAGCCCUGCGCACCGUGCUGGGCCACCACCUCUCCUGUCUGCCUGGUUACCUGUUGAGUUGCGCGGAGAGUGUGGCCAGCCAAUCAGAGACCAGGCCAAUCCCCGACUGCCUGCGCUGGCUCUUCACGCCUUUGGGCAGGCAGUUCUUCCUGAGUUGUGAUUGGUCGGUGAAGUCCGAGAGCAGCGACGGGGUGUACACGUCUCAGAGAGAACCAACGGACCCCAUCGCCCAGCUGCACCGCUGUUUCUGCAGGAAGCUUUUGGAGAGAGCCGUUCACACUCUCAUCCAGCCGCAGAGCGACUCUGACGCGGGCAAACGCAACAGUGACUCUGGGGAGUUCUCCAACGCCCUGGAGUUCCUCCAAUUGUUAAACAGCUGUACAGAGGACUCUCCGUCCCCUCCGCCUCCCUUCUCGACUCCUCCCAAUCACACCACCACUCCGGUGGGAGACCCGGUGAGCCGUUGGUGGGCUCUGGUCCUGAAGGCCACCGUGCAUUGGCUGCAGGGCGAUGAUGUCGCUGUGAGGUCACUGUUGGUGGAAGCAGAGAGGAUGCCGAGGGCUCUACACACUCUUGACCACCCUCUGCCAAAGGCUGUGCUGCUGCUCUGCAAAGCUGUCCAGAUGAGCCUGCCUCCUGUGAAGGGAGAGGGGGCGUUAGCCUACCUGUCCCACUGUGACAGAGCCAGCGGCUACCUGCGCUCCAGCAUCUCCGUGCCGGUCGCCCAGACCGGGAACUGGCUGAACAAGGGGGUGGAGCUACUGAUCUGUGACCUUCUGCUGACCUUGAGGACCAGUUUGUGGCAGCGGGGAGGAAGCAGUAAUGGAGAACCUGGCCCGGCUCCUGGAUCCCAGUUGGCUGGUUUCCAGAGGGACCUCAGCGCGCUCAGAAAGCUCACACAGUGCUACAGACAAGCGCAACACAAGGUGUUUCUCCAUGAGACCACGGUGAGGCUGAUGGCCGGAGCCAGCCCCACAAGGACACACCAGCUGCUGGAGCACAACCUCCGGCGCAGGACGCACAACUCCUACACAGCCGGUGAGAGCCUCCUGGGGGAGCGCGAGAGGGCUCACGCCAUCCUGCUGGCCUGCCGCCACCUGCCCAUGCCGCUGUUAACCCCGCCCGGGCAUCGCGCCCGCCUGCUGGCCGAGGCCAAGCGCACCCUGGAGCGGGUGGGAGACCGUCGGUCCCUGCAGGACUGUCAGCAGAUCCUGCUGCGCCUCAGCGGGGGCACAACCAUCGCUGCCUCCUGAAUACACACACACUGCUAGAUGGAACACACGCACGUAUUAGGGCUACUCACAAUACGACAAACUCCGUAAAGAUAUAAACUAGGCUACUCAUCCACAAGACUUUUCUGUUAAACUUUUCUCACCCACAGACGGCUGAUUCCUCUUCGCUUACUUUCACUGUUGCUGCACAACCGCGCCCCCUUCUGGUCAUUAAUAGUAACGUGCCGGUAUCCUCGCUCAUUCUUCACAGCGCUUCACAACAAGGGAAAUCAGGUUAACUAGGCCUCAAAGGGAAAAGGGAUCACUAUCUGAUAGUGAUUUAAAUGAAUGCAUUACAGCAACGCAUUGAUAAGCUGUAGGCCACCGAGCUGUACAAUCAUUAUUGGCACACGGCAGAGAUAUUGCUGCAAUAACGCAGUGUCAUCGCGCUUGCACGCUUCAAUUCGGGGCGUGCCUGAGUGUUUGAGAGUAGACGGCCGAGGCCUUUUGAGCCCGGCUGUGGUGUAGCAUGCAGAGGGAUAGAUUAUCGCGCUUUUAAACACACAGCGCUGACUAGCGUCUCUUCUUAUCUACCUCACACCUCGUGAAAAAAGGGUACCGAAGCACCGCGUCAAUUAUACUGAAUAUGAAACAAGUGACCGUUUGAAGUGGCGCUUCAAUCCAGUGCAGCGUCAUUCUGCUACAACCUUGCUGAGCUGCUUUACUUACACUCUAGGAUGCAUCAGUACAGUUGCUUUAGGAAUUUGGUUUGCAGCUGCAGAGAGUGCAAAAGAGAGAGAGCGCUGCUGCUGACAUGCUUUGUUCUUUCUAACAAGGAUCAGAGGAUACACACACACACACACACACACAGACGCUUCUUCAUACUAUUCCAUAUUCAAUUAAUUGCAUUUGAAUUCCCAAUGUGAUUGUGUAUAUAGGUUGUACAUAGGCAGACACACCGGAGUAGAUUAAACAGGAAGUCCUUACUUCUGCUUGAGAGGACACUGGUAUCAAAGAAAGCGCUGUAUCGUGUCAAAGUGGUAAGCGUUUCCUGGCAGGAGCGCUCACCAGCUGCCCUAAAGUGAUACUCUAACCAAACUCUCACCUGCUGUGGUCUUACGAGGUGGCCUCAAAACAGAAAUAAAAACCCAUCCAAACAACAAGUGACUGCUGUGCAUCGAGCGCACAAGCAGUGAUGGUCAAAAGCUUUAGAUGCUGGUUGGCGUAUCACUUCAGGACAUAUCUGAGUGAAAAGGGGCCGAACGUGGUGAUAAAGGUGACAUAUGGGAUUUCUUGGAUGUGAUGUAAAGCUUUCAAGAAAAAUGGCCUUUAUGUAAUGUAAAGAAUUAUUUUAUUAUGUUUCAUCACAUGUGAAAUGAUGGAGGAGUUGUAUGUUUUGAGAGGUCUUGGUCCAAUUAGCUUUUUAUUUGUAAAUGUUGACGUACACACGAGCACGCACAUCUGUCAUUCCUGUUUCUGUGCACUGUUUUUUCUUAUUUAACGGUUAUGUAAGAUUAAUAUGAGUCCUGGUAUGAUGUUUUAUAUCAAUAAAAGCCUCCUUGAAUCAGAAACAAAAU